GUACGCGGUUGGGCCUCCACCAUGCGCGGAGGCGCGCGCAGUCUCUCGCCUGAUCGGCACCGGUACGCAGGCAGCAUGUUCUCGCGUAUUACUCUUGUAUCGUUAUGCACAAUAUAUAUCUAUGUACGUUUUGUGUGAGAAAAGGUGUGUGUCUCUAAUUACCCAACCACCCCAUCCUGGGCAUAACAACUGGCGCUGCGGUGAACGGAUUUUUUCUUGUGUGCACGGUAAACAAAGAACUCGACUGCCAAGAUGGCUGAGGCUACAGAAGCCAUAAAGACUCUUACAGCGACCAUCAAUGCGCUUCUCCAGCAUCAACUUCGAAAUGAACGCGCCGGAGAACCAACUGCUGGUCCGGCGAACGGCAGGAGUAUCUCCCAUUCCGAUCUCUACAAUCAACUAUUCGCCCGGGUGGAAAAGUACGUCUUCGGCGUGGGCGACGAGACGAAACCGUUCGUAAAAUGGCUACAGCGACACUCUUAUACGGUCGUUACCGAAGCGAGCGUGUUGCCACCGGAAAUGCAAACCCGUCUGAUCUUAGACAAACUCGGUCAAAUUGAAUUCGAUCGGUUGGUUGAUCAUGUCGCACCCGCAGAUCCGACCACGAUGAAGCAAGAGGACGUUAUUAAAAAUUUAAAAGAAUUGUUCGAGGACAAAGUGCCAAUUACGCGUCGCAGAAUCGAAAUCCUAAACCACCGCUACGAAAAAUCUACGUCAAUAUCCGAGCACAUUGAUCGUAUUAAUCGCCACGCGGCGGAUUUCGAACGUGCUAACCUCACGGACGAUAACCUGCGAGUGUUACUGUUGCUGCAGUCAUUGUGCUACUCCAAUGAGAACGUUGAUCUCAAACGAAUCGCACUACGAGUCAUCGAGAAAAAUCGAGAUGCAACCCUGAAAGACAUCGCUGCAGAACUCGAAGCCCACAUGAAUGUAGCAACGAGCUUAAAGGUACUAGAAGAUCCAACGAAAACGACCACGGUCGCAACGGUGAACGCUGUUUACCCCAAACAGAAGAAGAAGGCGGGUAGCCCACCAGGAAUCAAACAACCACAGGCAUCAGGCAAACAACAGCCUCAGGCCCAGCUGGACCUAAAAUGCAGAGGCUGUGGUGGUGCACAUUAUCGCUCGAAGUGUCCAUUCCGCGAGGCAGUGUGUCACACGUGUUCGAAAAAGGGACAUAUCGCGAAAGUGUGUCGCGCAUUACCGACGCAGCAGAAAGGGUCCUAUAAAAACAAUAGCCUAACGACCCGAUCGCUCACCUCUGUCGGUAAACGUCGUCGGAAAUUUGUCACGAUCUCGAUGCUCGGUAAAUCAGUGCGCCUACAGAUCGAUUCAGGUUCCGAUGUCACGAUAAUAGGCAAACGCGAAUGGGUCCGCCUUGGAUCCCCAAAACUCUCGUCGGGUAAAACAGUCGAGCACGCCGGUGGUGACACUUUGGACAUUAUCGGUAAAUUUCGAUGCAUCGCGCGCGUGCUCGAUCGCGAAUGUAAACUCGACGUCAACGUCGCGGGGCGAAAAGAAAUAAACUUAUUUGGACUGGACGCGAUCGACUGUUUCGAUUUGUGGUCCCUUCCUCUAAUCGCGUUUUCAGACGACGCGCGAGGCGCCGCGGACGUUGAUCGCGCGGACACUACUAAAGCCGUGUAUAAAGUCCCACGUCCCGCAGGCGUCACGACUUCCGGCGAAGAUCGGAAAAUUACGUCAAUGAGUCACGACAAAUUUAUCAAAGACUUUCACAAUCUUUUCUCACCAGGUUUAGGAACGUGUCGUGACUUUAUGGUUAAAUUCACACUGGUUGAGGACGCCCGACCGGUUCAAAACGCAUGUCGACCAAUACCGUAUGCCAUGGAGGCUCCGCUGGACAAGGAACUACAACGUCUGGAGUCAUUGGACAUAAUAGAACGCGUCGAACGCUCGAACUGGACAACCCCAAUUGUGAUUGUAAAAAAACACAACGGCGGACUGCGCUUGUGUGCAGAUUACUCGACAGGCGUUAAUCAGGCUUUGUUUAAUAAUUGCCAUCCGAUGCCAAACAUCGAAAACAUAAUGGCCAAGCUUAAUGGUUGUUGUUUUUUCAGCGUGAUGGAUUUGAGCGACGCCUUUUUUCAACUAACAAUCGACGAAGAUCACCGAGAGAUUACAACUAUCGUAACUCCAAGAGGGCUCUUCAGAUUUAAAAGGCUACCCUUCGGCAUCAAGACAGCCCCCGCAACGUUCCAGCAGGCCAUAGAAUCUACUCUAAUGGGUUUAGAAGGCGUAUACCCGUACAUAGACGAUGUUAUCGUAACGGGUAGAACCCGGCAGGAACACGACUUACGGCUGCAAAACACGCUUCGUCGCCUUGAGGAAAGGGGAUGGAAGCUCAGCAUUGAAAAAUGCAAAUUUGGUCUUCGGGAAAUCAAAUUCCUGGGUCUCAUAAUAAACUCUAGAGGCAUUUCUGCGGAUCCAUCGGCAACCAGCGCAAUAGCAAACCUGCCGGACCCCACCAACGUCACGGAGGUGCAAAGCCUGCUGGGCCUAGUAAACCACUACGGAAAGUUUAUUCCUCAUCUUCAUACAGUGAAACACCCACUCGAAGAACUGACAAGGAAGAACCGCAAAUGGGAAUGGACACGCCAACACAGCCUCGCCGUCGAAAAAAUUAAAAAGAUUAUGCUGAGCCCUCUCCUGUUGGAACACUAUGACCCAACGAAAACCUUGGUUGUUGCCGCCGACGCUUGCUCGACCGGAAUCGGAGGAGUUUUACUACAGCGCGAUGAACACGGCCAGGAGAGAGCAGUCUACCAUAUGUCACAGAGCCUUACGGAGGCUCAGAGGAAUUAUUCCCAGCUCGAGAAGGAGGCUUUGGCACUCGUAACAGCCGUCGAACGGUUCCACAAAUUCGUUUGGGGCCGAAGAUUUAUACUGCAAACGGAUCACAAGCCUCUGACCGCGUUGCUGCAGACGGAAAACACCAAAGGUCUAAAGCCCACAACAGCCGCCCGCUUGAAGCGUUGGGCCCUGAGACUACUGGGCUACGACUUCAGGAUCGAGCAUAUCCGAACUCAGGAAAAAUUCCGGCAUGAUAACAGCGAGGAACUGCAGGUUUCUUGCGUACGGGCGGUGGAAGAGGAAGUGGAGCAAUUAAGGAACAAUGCCAUUGACUCGUUUGGGAAAAACUUGAGGGAGAAGCUCAAGUCCACAACCAAUUCGGACGAAGACUUGCUUAGGGUCUUGAACGCUCUGAGGAACGGCUGGAGUGAGCCCGCAGAUACAUCGGAGUACCUGCAACACUUCAAGAACCGUCGCGACAGCCUAAGCAUCGUCGAUGGAACUCUGAUGCUUGGAGACAGAGUGGUCAUUCCUCGGAAAAUGGUACCUGACACUCUACAAGCCUUGCAUAGAGGCCACCCUGGGAUUAGGAGAAUGAAACAGCUGGCAAGAGAGUAUGUCUACUGGCCGCGAAUCGCGCAGGAUUUGGAGCACCUCGUCAAACGGUGUGACUCAUGCGCACUCACCCAGAGGAUGCCGGCGAAAGCACCUAUCAGCCCCUGGCCUACUGCAAGAAAGCCACUGGAGAGGAUGCACAUCGACUACGCUGGUCCUAUCGACGGCCAGUACAUCCUAGUAUUCGUCGAUGCCUAUUCAAAAUUCCCGGAUGUGGGAAUCACGCAAACCAUCUCAGCAAACAAGACAGUUGAGAUGUGCAGAGAGGUUUUUUGUAGGUACGGUCCACCCGAAAUUCUCGUAAGCGACCACGGAACGCAGUUUACUUCUGCACAAUUCGCAACUCUAUGUGCAGAAAUGCACAUAACACAUCUAUUCUCACCGGUUAACCACCCGCAAUCAAACGGCCAAGCGGAGCGGAUGGUUGAUACCAUCAAGAGAGCGAUUGCCAGGGAGCCCAAUAAUUGGAGAAAACGUUUAUUUGAAUUCUUACACAGUUACAGGUACACGCCUUGCGCGGUCGCUCCAAACGGAAGGUCGCCGGCAGAGCUAUUCUUCGGCAGACAGAUAAACUCGCCAUUCACAAAGCUGUUGCCAAAACCACAGGGGGAGGAGACGGUCCCGCCCGGGGCACCAAAGGACCUGACUGACGCUCCAACGGCUUCAGCUGACAUGUCCACAACCUGCCGUAGUCCUCGGCCUCGUCACCUCGCGAUCGGGGACCGAGUGGUGGUGUUGGUUGCCAAAAACGCGCGAGAAAAGGGAAGCGUCAUCAAGAAACUUUCCAAAGUUCGCUACGCCAUACUCCUAGACAGCGGUAAGGAGGUGGUCAGGCAUGUCAACCACGUCUGGAGAGGUGGUUCCACACCGCAGAGUAACGCGGGGGUGGGCCCAGAAAUCGCUGAAGACCUGAUUCUGGAGCCUUCCUCUGCCUCGAAUCCGGAGCCACGCACGCCGGCUACGGAGGCGACACUUGCGCAGGACCAAUUGGCACAACCAGCUCGGCGACCACCCCAAGGGGCCCGCGGUCGCACCAGACGUCCCCUACAGGACCAUCAUACAGAGGGCCACGUUGAGCACUCUGAGGGAGAUCAACCGACCCCGAGACGGUCUGAACGGCCGCGAGUACAACCACGCAGAAUGGUCCUGGACCCAGGGGCGAAAUCGUACUCCGGAUGGUGACUUCUUGAAGAAGGGAGAUGUUGGGUACGGGCCCUUGAGACGUUGCGUACGCGGUUGGGCCUCCACCAUGCGCGGAGGCGCGCGCAGUCUCUCGCCUGAUCGGCACCGGUACGCAGGCAGCAUGUUCUCGCGUAUUACUCUUGUAUCGUUAUGCACAAUAUAUAUCUAUGUACGUUUUGUGUGAGAAAAGGUGUGUGUCUCUAAUUA